AUGGUUGCUAUGUUUCAAGAAGACAAUGGAACAUCCUCUGUAGCUUCAUCACCACUCCAAGUCUUCUCAACCAUGUCACUCACAAGACCAACUCUCCUCCCUUCUCCCUCCUCACCGUUUCACUCCCUCAAAGACCUCAAACCAGAGGAGCGUGGUCUCUACUUGAUCCACCUCCUGCUAACUUGCGCCAACCACGUGGCAUCAGGCAGCCUCCAAAACGCAAACGCAGCUCUCGAGCAGCUCUCUCUUCUCUCUUCCCCUGACGGCGACACCAUGCAGCGAGUGGCAGCUUACUUCACCGAAGCGUUAGCUAACAGAAUCCUCAAGUCUUGGCCUGGUCUCUACAAGGCCCUUAACGCAACUCAGACAAGGACCAACAAUGUCUCCGAGGAGGUUCAUGUCAGGAGGUUGUUCUUUGAUAUGUUCCCUAUACUCAAAGUGUCUUACUUGCUCACUAACCGAGCUAUACUCGAGGCUAUGGAAGGUGAGAAGAUGGUUCAUGUGAUUGAUCUUGAUGCUUCAGAGCCUGCUCAAUGGCUUGCUUUGAUUCAAGGUUUUAACUCUAGGCCUGAAGGUCCACCACAUUUGAGGAUCACUGGUGUUCAUCACCAGAAGGAAGUGCUUGAUCAAAUGGCUCAUAGACUCAUCGAGGAGGCAGAGAAACUCGAUAUCCCUUUUCAGUUUAAUCCCGUUGUGAGUAGUUUAGAGUGCUUAAACAUUGAGCAGUUGCGUGUUAAGACAGGAGAGGCCUUAGCUGUUAGCUCGGUUCUUCAGCUGCAUAACUUCUUGGCCUCGGAUGAUGAUUUCUUGAAAAAGAACAACAACAAUGGGCACAGUCCGAGUGGUGACUCGGCUUCAUCUUUGCCUUUCUCUAGCUCAAGAAGGAUCGACAGAUUCCUCAAUGCUAUUUGGGGGUUGUCUCCAAAGAUCAUGGUGGUCACUGAGCAAGACUCAGACCACAACGGCUCCACGGUGAUGGAGAGACUGUUAGAAUCCCUCUACACCUACGCAGCUUUGUUUGAUUGCUUAGAAACAAAAGUUCCAAGAACGUCUCAAGAAAGGAUGAAAGUGGAGAAGAUGCUUUUCGGAGAGGAGAUCAAGAGCAUCAUAGCAUGUGAAGGAUCUGAGAGAAGGGAAAGACAUGAGAAGCUAGAGAAAUGGAGUCAGAGGAUUGAUUUGGCCGGUUUUGGGAAUGUUCCUCUUAGUUAUUAUGCGAUGUUGCAGGCUAGGAGGUUGCUUCAAGGCUAUGGUUUUGAUGGGUAUAGGAUCAAAGAAGAGAGUGGGUGUGCAGUGAUUUGCUGGCAAGAUAGACCUCUAUACUCGGUUUCAGCCUGGAGAUGCAGGAAGUGA